GUCGAGCGCGCGCACACAGACACACAUUCUCUCUCACACUCUCUGUCCCACCAACCGCCGCCCUACAGUCAUGCCACUGACACACCGGCAGAGCCGCGGAUUUCACCCCGAAACCCUAUAGAGAGACCCGGGGAAGGCGCAGAGCCGCUCACCGGUCCGCUGGCCGCUGCUGGAGGUGAACCGCCCAGCCGGAGCCGCUCACUCUUCCGCGGCCGAGGCUCUGCUGUUCAGCCGCUGUGUAUGGGAGUGAAGCGGGGAGCGCGAGCAGACGAGGAGGAGGUCUGAUUUGUCCAGGAGCACUGAGUGGGCGGAGCCAUGACUGAAGGGGAGGGGCACUUCUACAGUGUGCAGGUGGGCGACUCCACCUUCACGGUGCUGCGGCGGUACCAGCAGCUCCGUGCCAUUGGUUCUGGAGCGCAGGGCAUCGUCUGCUCUGCUUUGGACACUGUCCUGGGCAUCCCAGUAGCUGUAAAGAAGCUUAGUCGACCUUUUCAGAACCAGACUCAUGCCAAGAGAGCCUACAGAGAACUGGUGCUGCUCAAAUGCGUCAAUCACAAAAAUAUCAUUCAUUUGCUGAAUGUCUUCACACCUCAGAAAUCCUUGGAGGAGUUCCAGGACUUGUACCUGGUGAUGGAGCUGAUGGAUGCCAGCCUGUGUCAGGUUAUCCAUAUGGACCUGGACCAUGAGAGGAUGUCCUACUUGCUAUAUCAGAUUCUUUGUGGGAUUAGACAUCUACACUCUGCUGGCAUCAUCCACAGGGACCUGAAGCCCAGCAACAUAGUGGUGAAAUCAGACUGCACUUUAAAAAUCCUUGACUUUGGACUGGCAAGAACCGCCUGCACCAACUUCAUGAUGACUCCGUACGUGGUGACCAGAUACUACAGAGCACCAGAGGUCAUCUUGGGCAUGAAGUACAAAGAGAAUGUGGAUAUCUGGUCAGUAGGCUGCAUCAUGGGGGAAAUGGUGAAAGGCAGUGUUAUAUUCCAAGGCACUGAUCAUAUUGACCAGUGGAAUAAGGUAAUCGAGGUGCUGGGCACUCCUUCUCUAGAGUUCAUGAACCGUUUAAUGGAGACAGUAAGGAACUACGUAAUGAACAAGCCCCAGUUUCCUGGAGUCAGCUUUAGUGAGCUCUUCCCUGACUGGGCUUUUCCUUCAGAGACUGAACAUGACAAGCUCAAGACUAGUCAAGCUCGGGACCUGCUCUCGAAGAUGUUGGUGAUUGAUCCGGAGUGCCGCAUCUCAGUACAGGAGGCCCUUAACCACCCCUACAUUCACGUUUGGUACGACCCAGCCGAGGCCGAUGCGCCUCCACCUCAGAUCUCAGACAAGCAGCUGGAGGAGAGAGAACACAGCAUAGAACAAUGGAAAGAGCUAAUCUAUAAAGAGGUUAUGGACUGGGAGGAGAGGAACAAGAAUGGUGUUCUUAAGGAGGAAUGCUUAGUAGAUGGAGUGGUGAACAGCAGUGCUACAGCCUCUCAGUCCUCCUCCAUUAAUGACAUCUCCUCCAUGUCCACUGAGCAGACGCUGGCUUCCGACACAGACAGUUCCUGCAUCGACACCAUUGCCGGGGGGCUUGAGGAGUGACAGUGAGCCUCUCCCCACCCCAUAGUUCUUUCUCUCUCUUCUCUGUUUCUCUUUCUCUUUCCCUAUUUUUCUCUCUCUUUUAUUCAUUCUCUCUUACUUCUCUAAUGCCUCGUCUCGCCCACAUUUUUCCAGAUGGCAUUGUGGUCCUUGAUUUGGUCCAGACUGUGGAAGUCUGACUGAAUCAGUGGGGCUCUUGUUGAUUACUGAGUUCUUUGUUUUUUUUUCCACCUUCAAGAUGAGGAAAAAUGAAUGUCUAUCUUUUUUCCCAGUUUGGUUUCUUUGCUUUUUUUUUUUUGCUUUUUUUUUUAACACAUUUAUGCUGCUUGACUAGUAAAUUUCCUAGUUGAGCAUGUAGGCUAGAUGACACUCCAUCAAAUUCUAUAGAUACUCUAUGUGCUCGUAUCAGUCACUGUGUUGAGGAUGUUCUUGCGCUAAUGAAAUUAAAUGUAAUGGUAAUGUAGAGAAUUUGAACAAGUACUUUAGGUUAUGGCAUACCCACCAACUUGCACUCAAUGGUGAUGUGCUAAAUGUAGCUCACUUUUACAGUUUGCUCUCAGAUUUUUUAAAAUAUUUUUUUUAAGUUACUUUCUCUGCUACGAAGUCUAUUUGAGCAGUGUUUUAGAAGUACCAUUUUUGGUUCAAUAAAGAGCAUUGCCUCAGCAGAAUAAGGAGCUGUUACUGUGACCUAAGUAUCAGGGGUUUGAAUUCCAGGUCACGUUGCUUCACCAUCAGCAGUCGAAGUCUGAGAGAACACAGUUGGCUCUGCUCUCUCUCUGGGUGGGUAGAUGGCACUCUCUCUUCUAAUGACUGCCAUCAUGAUGCUGGCCAUCACAGGUGUUUGUUAGCCGUUGUAUCAGAGCUAGGGAUUAGGUGCUUUCCUCUGACUGUAUUGGCUGCCUAGUGAUGCUGCAUUGGUGGUGGAUGUAUCGGAGGUAGCAUGUGUUAGUAGUCUUUACCCUCAUAGUAAGAGAUACAUAGUAUGUGGGUGGGUUUAUUGGUUCAGCUAAAUUGGGGAGAAAAUUGGGUACUAAAAUAAGAAUUGGAUAAAAAAAAACGUAUGAGGGUUACAGAAAUUUGUUUUCUGAUUAAAACAUUCUUCUUGUUCACAGCUUUUUUUUUAUGGACCCAGAAAUAGUUAUUCUAUGACAUCACUCAGAAAGACUUUGUAGCAUCUUUAACUUUUAAAAGUGUGGGACUUUUUCAAAAAAUCUUCAAAAAUUAUUUUUGGUAGAACUGAUUUCAUUAAGUGGUGGCACCAUGGACAGUCAGUCCUUUAGUCACCCUUUCUUUCUUUUUCUCUUGCUCUCUCUUUCUUUCUCUCUCUCUUUCUCUCAACUGAUAUUGCCUUUCAUGUCAUUCACCAAAACAAGCACAGACAGACACUCGUGGAACAGGCUAAAUAAUAGCACGCUCCCCGUUCUGUAAAAGUUUCAGUACUCAAGUUUUUAAAGUAUUGAUGCAUGUUGCUUACCUUGAAAAAUUAAGAAAACGACGACUACAGACCCUCUGCAUAUGCCUGAAUAACACCUAUAACAAAUGGUAGUGCCUGCCUCUGUAUAUAGACACAGUACACUUUGUUUUUAAGCAGAAACUUGAUGAUGAUGCAUCUCACUCAUAUAGGGUGUAGCCAUGUAUAUAAGUAUAUAGGUAUAUAUAGAUUGUGUAAAUGUUCAACUUUCUUCUGUGUUGUGGGAUUCUGAUUUUAUGGCUUCUCGAAAUAUGAUUUAGCACAAGUACUGUAUAGUUUAAGCAUACUUUGUUUUGAAACAGUUCUUGGAAAAUGGAUUUCUUACAUGAGGAAAGAAAAAAAACUUGCACAUAAGAAUGGUAAGUGAUCGUAUGCUGUGUGACGUACAUACGUUGAAGACAAACGCUAAAACUGUGGAAAUAGUGAACAAACCUUAUUCGGUUUGGUAUCAUUCCAAAAACAACUUAUGAACAAUUUCUGAAGAUUGUAGAUCUCGCUGCAUGAGCUGAAAGCUAACCAUUGCCUUUUUUCAUUUUCUCAAAUUUGAGAAACCUGUGCGAAUGUUGUACGAAUCGUUUCUUCUUGUGAAUGACUUUAAAGCAGUUUUUACUAAAACAAAAAUGUUUUUUUUAACAUUUCUUUAUUCUUGUACAGUGAGGGAAAGAAACCCCUCCAUUCUGUGUAUUCUGCAGUCAUUGCUUAUUCAGUGGCAUAACUACAGCAAGUGUCAGUGGAUUCAAGCCCUUUCACCUUGGAUCACCACAGUGUGCGGUACUCAGUAAACAAGACAUCACCUUGUGGGUCUUCGGUCAUCCAGUUUUCAUCUUUGUUUUCCACUCUGAAAUGAGAAGCUCGAAGGUAUGACUCAGAAAUGAACAUGGAGAAAAAUCGGAGAAAAAUAAACAUAACCCAGAGCUAUUCUGUUGUGUGAUGGAAAAAGCCUGAUGCCACAGAGCUCCAUGAUGAAUUGCUUUAAUGCAAGUGUUGGGAUUGCAAAACAUAAGGACAACUAUGUUUAAAAAAAAAACUCCCAGAUUUUAAUGACUGACUGGAGGCUUCACAACGGACUCAUCAGUACUUGGACUUAAGGUGGUGUACAUGUAUUUGUGUGUGUGGGUGUGACUUUGGCCUCCUGCAAUGGACUAUAUAUGGGCUCUAUCAGACUGCAAGAUUGGCCCUUCACUAACUGAUAUACUAGAAGUGUGAUCUAAGGAUCGUGACCAUUUAUCAUGCCUUAAAAAGUAUAAUCCACCCUCAAUAUCUGCUGGUCUCCUGCCCUCUCUGCACAGUUGAAAAAUGCACGUUAUGGCAUGUUAAAAUUUGGAAGGUGUUAAAGUUCUUUACACUUGCAGUUUAACAGUGUGAUACACCACGAUAAAUCUUUUUACUUCUGAAAUAUGAAAUGUCAUCAGUACAGAAAUUGAAUAGGAGUUUCAGUAAUAUUUCUAACCUCGUGGGGGCACCCUAGCCAGGGUUGGAUUGUUUACAAUAAGCAGCAGCAAGGAGCAUGUAUGUAAAGUUAAAAAAAAAAGAAAACAUUGAAAACAAUGUUUAGUCUUUAAAUGCUCUUUAAGAUACUCCCAUAUUUGGCAUCAUGCAAUUAAAAUUGCUGUAAAAUCAUGCACCUUUAUUUAAUUUGUUUUGUUUUAUUUUGUUUUGAUCUACUAGCAUCUGAAUGAGACAUGUAGGUGUGUGAGACCUCAGCAGGUGCUGCUUCUCAUAAUAGUAGCAUGGUAAUACUGUAUUCAAAUAAUGCAAUAUAGCAUUGUGAUUUUUUUUUUCUUUUCUUUUUUUUUUGCGUAAAGCGUUGGAUUAGCACUGGUAAACUUGCAUAUAAGUGUAGAAUCAAAAUUUUCUGCAAACAUCCAGUUCUGUAAUGAACAAAAAAAGUGCACUGCAGUGGUAUUAAAUUCUUCUUAAUGAUACAGAACAAGCUGGCCACCAACUUUCUUAAGGGCUUUUCUUCCUUUCGGUUUUCCGGUUUUCCUGUUGCCCAUGUGGGAUAGGGUGUGUGUCUGUAUGACUGUCACUUUGCUAAAGAUGGAUCAAGAUUUUUUUUUUUUACUUUUUUUUUUUGGUCUGCAUUUACCAUCAGUGAACUCUUCCAGCAGCAGUUCUGUUUUUUGUUUGUUUGUUUUGGUUUUUAAGACUAUAUAUCUCCAUUUUAAAGCCUUGGACAAAACCUGAAGAGUUAAUAUCUUACCUGCUAUGUACGAGUAUGUCCGUAUUGCUUUUUGUGUGGUUUGUGUUGUCGUGUCAUGUACGGAUUCGCUCUUGGCAGGCUCUCGAGAGUAAAAGUUCUUUGGAGCUCCUGCCACGCAACCCUGAAAUGUCUGAAACAUAUGCAAAAUCUCAAACAGGAUCCAACUACCAUGUACUACAAUGGAGAGUCUAAUCCAGUUUUCUGUAUAAGAGAAAAAGAACAAACAUCUGUAACAGCUGGCCAAAUAAAAAGAAAAAUUUUAAUGA